AUGUCACCGGCCGCGUCUUCCUCAACGACCGGGUUCUUCCAAGCCCUACCAUCACUGCCACCCCAGUACACAUCACCUGAUCCUUCUUUAUCAGCAUUGUUCCCAAAACAUAUUGCCUCAACCUCGGACGACAAAGCAUUCGCAAGAAUACUGGACCUUUACACCCCUCCCAACAACGGUACUAUCACUUCACACCUGCACAGUAUCGCCCGCAUAGUUCUAGACCCGCAAGUACUGAGCUACGCCACUGACGCAGAAACAAACCACCCUGUUCUCCGCGCCCUGACUACGUUCGGCCAGGAGAAUCGGAACGAUCCUCUCUGGACGACCACGGGCUGGCAGCGGCUCAAAGAGAUUGGGUGCGCUGAAGGUGUUGUGGCGGUGGCGUACUCGCAAUCACCGGAAACGUCUCACAUCAACCGACGCAUAUAUGAGUUUAGUCUUAACCACCUCUGGAGCGUGACAGGAACUAUGACAGGCUGUCCAAUGAGCAUGACAGACGGUGCUGCUACACUCUUAUCUAAGCAUCUCAGAGAUCCUGAUGGCGAGCAAAUCGGCCGGUUGAGGGUUUUCGAAGAAGCCUAUCGCCGGCUGACGUCGAGAGACCCAAAGUAUGCGUGGACGAGUGGACAGUGGAUGACGGAGCGGACUGGCGGAUCCGACGUCUCUGGCACCGAGACUCUAGCCACACGGCUUACUCCGGAGGAGUUGGCUCGAGACGAAGAAGAAGGAAGAAACGAAGAUGCGGUCGGCAUGCCUCUCGGUCCGUGGAAGAUGGAUGGAUUCAAAUGGUUCAGCAGCGCGACUGAUUCUGAGAUGGCCGUCCUACUCGCGCGUACGGGAAAGGGACUAAGUGCCUUCUACAUGCCUAUGCGACGGAAAGGCACGCCUAUUACCAACCUUAUCAACCUGGAAGCACCAGCAGAGACUGAAUUGAACGGCGUACGCAUCCAGCGUCUCAAGUCUAAACUCGGCACCAAAUCACUGCCCACUGCCGAACUCGAACUCCGCGGCGCCCGAGCCUGGCUCAUCGGCACCGAGGGCAGAGGUGUGGCCGAAAUCUCUGCCGUCUUGAAUAUCACACGCCUCUCCACUGCCGCAGGAAGUGUAGCAAGCUGGUCUCGCGGCCUAGCAAUCUGCCGCGCAUACAGCAAAGUCCGCAAAGUCCGCGGCGGUCUCCUACAAGACAACCCGGUACAUCUUCGCUGGAUGGCCGACGAGACAGUCAAGUACCACGCUGCAGCGCACUUUGUUUUCUUCGGCGUAGCCCUGCAGGGCGCGCUUGAGCAGUCUCACGACGCCGUUGCAUCCAACACAAAAGCCAGCACUCUCAUCCCCACCAAUAAAACGGAGACCGCAACACUGCUGCGACUCCUACUACCUGUCAUGAAAGCUCGAGUCUCAGUUGCCUCUGUCAAUGGGUUGAGGCAGUGCAUGGAAUGCCUCGGCGGCGUGGGCUACUGCGAGAACAACGAAGACGGCGGGCUCUUCAACAUUGCGAAAAUAUACCGCGACAACCUCGUCAAUCCAAUUUGGGAAGGCACCGUCAGCGUCAUGGUCGAGGACGUUGUGCGCGUGCUUACUGACACGCGACUGGGCGGCGGGUCUGUCCUGCACAACGUUUUCGCACCGUGGGCACUGCGUGUUUUAAAUACCUGUUCAGAUGUCUUCCAACAAGAAAAGACCAUACUGAAAGAUACGCUACAAUCUUUGAGCAGGCUGGUGCACGGCAAGACAAAAGACGAGAUGCUGUACCACGGGCGCGAGCUCCUAGAGCUCCUCGAAUCCGUCGUAUCAGGCACCGUACUGCUAUACGACGCAUCCGUCAAUCCAGACUUCGUUGCGCAGGAGAUUGCCAUGCGGUGGGUCCGAGUGAGGGUUGCGGUUGCAGGGAGAGUAGAGAGUGCGCAGCCGUGGAGAGACAGGGUUCGGGUUGAUAAGUCUAUCUUCCUUGGGGAAUCAAGCGUCGAGACACAGAGACUUGAGAAACUGUAA